AUCCUCCUUGGAUAUAAGAAGCGAGGCUUUGGUGCUCAUCUCUGGAAUGGGUUUGGAGGCAAGGUUGAACCAGGCGAAACACCUAAACAAGGAGCACUACGCGAGCUGGAAGAAGAAGCUGGCGUCACUGUCAAACCUGAAAGCUUGACUAAAGCUGGUAUUCUACUCUUCCUCUUUGAGAACGAUCCUAUGGCCUUAGAGACCCAUGUCUAUAAAGCCUACGAAUACGAGGGCGAAGUUCGUGAAUGUGAUGAAAUGAGGCCACAGUGGUUCGAUUUCGCAGAUAUUCCGUAUGAUCAAAUGUGGGAAGAUGACACUGUCUGGCUCCCUAUGCUUCUCAAGGGCCGCGACCCUUUUUUUGGCAAGAUGUACUUCAAGCGCAAGGGACUUGAAAAUCCCACAGCAAUUACAACUACCGCUGCUACUUCUGUUCCUGGCGUAACUAGCGGGAACGUCUCUACAACCAUGACCACAGCAUCAUUUACAACUUCACAGCCCAAAGGCGGCCCUUUUGCCAUGUUUGAUCACCACUUAGACCUUGAUCUCCCACGAGUGCCAUGCGAAAUUGCUUUUGAUGGCACAAUUGCAUCGUAUGAAGACUAG